CUGAUUUUUUCCGAUUCUCUGAUUUUGCUCUUGGGUGUUUAUUAAAUGAUGAGAUUUAGCUUUUGUUCUUAUCAGUUUUGCUAUCUCUGAUUUUUGUUAUCUUUGAUUUUUUCCAUUUGGGUGUUUAUGAAACGAUGAAUUUAGCUUGUGUUCUUAAGAGAUUUAGCUGUGUUCUUAAGAGAUUUGUUAUCUAUGAAACGAUGAGGUUUGUGACUUUACUUAUUUCAAUUGCAGAUUGUGCAAUCAAAGAGUAAAUGAUGACAUCUGUACCAUGCAGUGAUGUAAGUAUCCUAAUCUACUUCUCUGCUACUUAUGUUUGUGAUUUGUGAUCCGAUUUAUGUGUCUUCAGUUGUAGUUAGUAUGGUCUUUGUGAUUGGUUUAUGUGUUUUAGCCUUUGCCUUAUGUUUCUUGUGAUUAGUUUCUGAUUUGUGAUUGCUUUAUGUGUUUAUACUCUACUAUGUUUAGCCUUUGCCUUAUGUGUCUUGUGAUUGGUUUAGAAUCUAAUAUGGAAUGAUGAACAAAGCCGGUUUUAUCUUGAACUUUGACUUGAAGAGAGUUUAAAAGGCAAUAUUAGAAACCACGUAGUGAAUGAAGCUGGGAAACAAACGAUUACAUCCAAGUUCUAUAAUGCAUUUGGUGAGAAGCAUACUUGGAUAAAAUUUAGGAGCAAGUUUAAUACUUGUAAAAAGCAAUACACAGCUUUCAGGAAAUUGACUCAUAAUAGAACUGGAAUGAGCUAUUAUCCCAAUGGGUCCAUAGACAUGAGUGAUGAUUGGUGGGAUGAGCGUUGUAAGGAGUGGCCUGGAGCUAAAAAGAUAAAGGAUAAACCAGUGCCAAACACUGCUUUAAUGGAAAAACUGUUUGGGUCAGUUCAUAUAACUGGAGCUGAGGGUUGGAGUGCUCAACAGGGUGAAAACCAUUUAGACAACAACAUGAUGUUAGAUGACGAUGAGGCUGCUGAAUCAAGACAAGAACAUGAUGCUCCUGCAGCUUCCAAUGCUCCUGCAGCUUCCAAUGCUCCCUCAACUUCCAAUGUACCAAAGUAUCCUCGAAAAAGACGUGCAAGACAAGGUGUGGAAGGACAAGCAGUGGCAGAUGUGAUAAGGGAUAAUAUUCAAUCGCGUGAUGAGAUACUUUCCUACAAGAAUCAACUCAUGGAGAGUCACCCUGACCAUAGGUCCUGUUCGUUUCGUGAUCUAGACGCAAAAUCUGGAUUUUGUAUCUGGACGCAGUAUCUUGAUGCAUCAUCCAGAUACUGUUCGUUUGUGUUUUUGGUUCAUUCAUCCAGAAAUUGUAUCUAGAUACAUGUAUGUUUGUUUGGUUAUUUAGUAGAUGUAUCUAGAUAUAAAAAAUGAGAAAUGACCAAAAAGUCAUUUAUUUUGUGUUGAAGAUGUUAGU